AUGGACUCUGCAGAAUCCAAUUACUUGUCAAAUCUGACCAUAUUACCGUUCCCACCAGAUCUGAUAAGUAGCAUCUUGUGCCAGAGAUACCAGAAUCUAAGUGAGGACCUUUUGGAAUUUUUGGAUUCUCUGGAUAUCCAGGAGGCCUGCAAUAUAAAUGGCACGACUUCGGGUGACGGCCACGUGUAUGAAGGUCUGCCAGUGACAUCUCAGAUCAUACUGACGGUGCUCUACAUUGUGGUGUUUUUGGUUUCCUUAGCAGGGAACAUUGUCGUAGUGAUGGUGUAUGCAAGCAAUAAAACUCUCCGAACUGUCACCAGCGUCUUCAUUCUGUCGCUUACGGGAAGUGACUUACUUAUUACCUUCUUCUGCAUUCCAUUCAACAUUGGCAUGAUAUUGAGCAAGUACUGGGUUUUCGGUGGAUUUGCCUGUCGCAUGGUUCCCUACGUGCAGAACGUUUCUGUCUCGUGCAGCACGCUCAGCUUGUGCAGCAUUGCGAUAGACCGAUACUAUUCUUGUGUACAGCCACUGAAGAAAAAGCACAUUCACACUUACGCCAGAGCCCUCAAGCUUAUGGCCGUUGUUUGGGCGGUCUCCAUCGUGGUCAACAUCCCAGUGUUGCUAAGCUACCAGCUUCUUUCCAUACCAGUGGAAACUGCUGGGCACCAAGAAACGCGAAGUUUCUGCAUUUGGGCCUCAGAUUGGACAAUCAACACCUUCAACAUCACCUUCAUAUUUUUCUUAUUUGUAAUUCCGUUUACUAUAAUGACAGGGUUAUAUCUCAAAAUUGGUCAUUUCAUGUUCGUCAGAAGACCCGUGGGGACCGCAUCCUCGACUUUAGAGGACGUGUUUACUCGCGCCAAGAAACGUGCCAUCAAAAUGAUGAUCAUUGUCGUGCUCGUGUUCACAGCGUGCUGGGCCCCUCUCAUGACGUAUACACUGUCAGACCCCCCGCUAAGUGAAACAAGUAAAUGUAUCCGGAGUUAUCUCCAGUGGAUGGCGCUGGGAAGCGUCUGUUAUAAUCCCAUUAUUUACACAUUCCUGAACAAAAGAUUUCGGAAGUCUGCGUCCGGGGUAUUUCUGAGGCUGUGCAGAGACAGGCGUUUGAAACCUGCACCUAAGAACUUGGUGCCAAGAGCACCUGUAGCUCGGGCGCAAGGGAUCACAGCCACCAAGUCAUCUCAACUCUAA